AUGGCACGUGGAGAAGCCCAGAAGACUCGAGUUCAUCUUAGAGGCAAGCACGAGGACUUCAUUGUCUUUGUUGACGACUCGGAGACGUACAAGAAGUGGAUGUCGGACAAGUCAAUUCCCCUCCCUCACUUCAUCUCCAGCUACAAGAUCUUUAGCACCGGCGGACAAGGAGCCCAAGGCAUCUACGAUGCUCCUCCUAGGGCGAUACUAGAGAACGAGUUCAACACCUCGAAUGAGGACGAGAUUAUCAAGAAGAUUCUUGAGGAAGGUGAAGCGCAAGAGAUUGAGUUCACAAGCCGCGUGGCUAGGGAGGCGACACAUUUCACCACGAUGGUCCCGCUCCCACUUUUCAAGCUUGCGGCUCUCUUCGUCCGCCACAUCUCCAAAUAUGGCGCGAACCGUAUCAAGACAGCUGCGCACGACCACCCGGGCUUCCGAGCAUUCGCGGCGCGGAACGGCCAACGGAUACACCAGCUCAAUAUGAGAUUAUCCGUCGCAUCCCUCCGAAACGUCGAAGCCGAAAUGAAAGCGAAAGACCUCGCCGAGGCGCCAACAGUAAAGACGAAAGAACAAAUAGAGAAAGAAGCGCAAGAAGCCAAAAAGGGUGGCGGCGAGAAGGCGGCAGCAGGCGGUGAGCCCGCCCCAGCAAAGAAAAGCGUAUGGAGGAGACAGUUCAGACAGCUACCCGAGGCCAAAGCCGUGGCGCUCUUCGCCGACGUGGUGGGCGAUAUGUUUAUCCUGGGCGUGGCGGGCGGGUUGCUGAUUUUCGAGUAUUGGCGGUCGUCAGGGAAGCCGGAUCAGAACUUGGAGAGGAUCAAGGUGUUGACGGAGCGGGUGGAUGAGUUGACGUCGAAGGAGGAGGAGCUUUUGAAGGCGGAGGAGAAGCAGAGGGUGAGGAUGGAUCAAUUGGAGGAGGCGUUGAGGGGUUUGAAGGAUCCGAAGAGUAAGAAGCCAUUGCUGCCGAGCUUGCAGCCGAGUGAGCCGCAGCCGCAGCCGACGUGA